AUUUCUUGAUAGUUCAUUUUUUAUUUUUACUAUCAUUUUUAAAACUCUCAAAUCUGUAACUAGUCUUACAUGAACGUUUACAUUAGACACGUGAUGUCUAUAUGAAAGUAUUGUUUGUAUCUCCAACUGAAGUGUACACACUUCGAAUAUUUUGAUAAACCAUUUUUAUUAUAAUUUUGAAGUGCCAUAGCUAUUAAAUGACAUGGCAUUGGGAUACGAAAUCAGACAUUGUAGUGAUAGAAAAGGAAAAGGUCUUUUUGCCACCAAGGAUUUUUCUGAAAAUGAAGUCAUAUUUGAAGAAAAACCAUUAGUUUCUUGUCAAUUUGCCUGGAAUGAAACUUAUGGCUAUUUGGCAUGUCAUCAUUGCUUGAGGCCUAUGGAAGAUACGGAAGAAAAUGUUAGAAGACUGACAAAUAAUCCAAAUAUUGUUCUGCCGUUUCCUGAAUUAUGCCCGACUAAUAAGAGCCUCCAUAGAUAUUGUGACCAAUGUGGGGUUGGCUUUUGUAGCGACUCUUGUAAACAACAAUCUUGGGCUCAGUAUCAUGAAUAUUUGUGUUUUGGGACACAUCCUGCCCUUAAAAAUCUCUAUGAAGCAUGGAAGACAAUGCAUUAUCCUCCAGAAACAGCAUCUGUAAUGCUAAUAGCCCGAAUGAUUGCUAUUAUCGAACAAGCACAAGACAAAGAUUCAGCAAUUUCUGCCUUUUUAGAGUUUGCCCAUGGUACAUCUGAAGAAAGGGAUGGGUCAAUUCUUAAAUUUUUGGGAGAACAGUUUUUUGAAAAAUUUGAGUGCCUACGUUUAUUGAUGUCAGAUAUUUUUCAGACAUGCCAUGCACAAUCACUUGUUACAGAAGAAGGCUUGAAAACACUCUUUGCAAUUGCUGGAAGGAAUAGUCAAGGCAUUGGAUCGAGUGUAUUUAGUAUUUGGGUAAAAAAUGUUGAAAAGUUUGAGUUGUCUGAAGAAAGCAGGAAAGAAAUCAAUGAAUUUAUUGACAAUGUUUACCUUAGCAUGGAUCGCCAUGUUGGUUGUUUUUUAAAUAAUGAAGGUUCUGGUUUGUACAGAUUAGAAAGAUGUAUUAAUCAUAGUUGUUUACCUAAUGCAAGUAGUACAUUUCCAUAUGGAGAUUAUACUUUGGCAUUAGUGGCUAAAACAGCUAUAUCAGCUGGGGAAGAAAUUUGUAUAAGUUAUCUAGACGAGUGUGAAUUAGAACGAAGUAAACAUUCUCGAAAUAAACACUUAAGGGAGUACUACUUAUUUGAAUGUGAAUGUGAGAAGUGCUUGAAGCAAUCUGAUGAACCUGAUGUGACAAGUGAAGAAGAAACUGAUUCUGAUAUGGAUGAAGAAUGAUUAAUCUAUAAAAAUAAUAAUUAUUAUUAUUCUAAUAGAUUAGCAAAAGUUAUAUCAUCUCAACAAUUUUAUUUCUUUUAC